GCGAUACCAUUUUAAUCGGGAUCGGAAUACAUGUAUUUUCGUUUCUUGGGGUUCUCUAACCAUCAUGGAGGACGAUGAGGCAACAGAGGAGCUAUUCGUUGCAAUGCAACCUUCGGCAUUUUCAACCUAUGUUACCUGUGCACACACCAGUAUUAAAGAAGGAAAGGAAGACUUGCUAGAGGAUGGCGAGGAGUAUGAUGAUACAGGAGAUGAGUAUGGCAUGACAGAGGAUGAGGAUGACAGAGAAAUUAUUGAUGAAUUUGAAGAGGAAAGUGCUACUGAGGAGAACAAUGAAGUGGUACAGAAUGUGAAGAAUAACAUUAGUUAUACCUCUGACAACAGUGUUUUAGCAGAGGAGUCUGAACAUGAUAAAUUGAUGUAUCCCGAGGAAGAUCCAGACCAAUCUAAUUCAAUUGUGGACCCAAGCUUGAGUCAGUCAUUGGAUCUGGCCAGUGAUAAUGUACAGUAUAGUUGUAAAAAACAGUAUGACACAUGCAGGUUAUCUUUGAGUGACAGCUUACAAGAGGAUGUAGAUGUCAUCAAGAGAAGCAUGGCUUCUGACAGUAAGAACUUGGCUGGAGACAGAGACUCCACAACAAGUGAAGUGAUAGAAAUCAAGUCCAUACCCAAACCAAUCAGAAUGGACCAUACAUAUGAUGUGUCUCCAAUGUUGUUUGACAAACAGCUUCCAACAGGAUGGACAAGGAAAGUGAUUCAAAGGCUGAGUGGGAAAUCUGCAGGGAAAUAUGAUGUGUAUAUUUACAGUCCUAGUGGGAAAAAAUUGAGAUCAAAGACAGACCUUGCCAGAUAUUUAGAGGAGGAAGGGAUCACAGACCUGAAUCCUGAUGACUUUGAUUUUACAGUAAGGGGUAAACAUCAAUCAGUGGGUCAGCCUAGUAAAAGAAAAAGGACUGAAGCACACAAGGGUGAGGCCAAGAAGAGAAAAGGCAGUUUACCAAGGGUGGCAGCAGCUUUCAAGGAAAGUAGAGGAAAAAAGUCUCUAACUCUGAAGGAGAGCAGAAAAAAGUCUCUAACUUUGAAGGAGAGCAGAAAAAAAUCUCUAACUUUGAAGGAGAGCAGAAAAAAAUCUUUGAGAAGAGGAACUGUGAACAAGGAAAUUGUAGUGUCUAAGGAGAAAAAUGACUCGCCUAAAAAAGGCAAAACCAUUACACAGAGACUUGUCAUCAAAAUGGCCUUCACAUCAGGAGAUAGUCAGCAUAAAUCUAACAAGAAAGAAUCCAAAACAUUGAAGUCUGUGAAGGCAAAAGUUAAAAGUAAAUCUGAAAAAAACAGACAGGAUGUUUCAAAUGUGAAAUGUCAAUUGAACAUUGUUCAAAAAGACAAAAGUGAUAUGUUGACUGAGAGAAGAGAAGACUGCUAUGUUACUCCUAAAAAGAACCCGAGGUUUCGUGAAGCAGUGGAAGAGGAUUCUUCUGGUACAAAGACUCAUGGUGCUAAUAUUUUUGAUAUGUUUGACAAGGAUGGUCACAUUGUUGCUAGUAAUGAUAUGAAAUCGAGUGUUGAUGGGGAAGAUAAUGUGAAUGGUGCACAGAAUGAUAAUCAAUUUGUAAAAUGGGACUCUGGUCACAACAAUUCAGCUGUCUCAAAUGAUGCCAAGAGUCUUACUAGACUGAAAAGGAGAAGCUCUGGAAAUAUCGAUUAUGCAAAACUUUCUGGAAAAAACAAACGUGUCUCAACAGAAAGAAAAAUCUCGUCAAGAAAAUCUGAAUAUGGAUCCUUCUCUGUGAAUCAGACAGCUGUGAAAAGUGUUGACAAACCUAUAAACAAUGUAGAUUCAUGUGAUGAGGAAAAUAUGACUAAAAUAGCAACUGAAAAAGAGUCUGAUGGUGAUAGUUUGUGUGGAAGUCUUGAGAGUGUAAAUGAUUACAGCUCUCAAAAAGAUAAGGAUGAAAAUCCUUCUGUACAUCAACGAGGAGGUUCACAAGAGUGCUCCUCAUCUCUCGAGUCUCCAGAUGUUCCAGUACAAAAUCCUGAAUUGGUGGAAGCUGAUGAUAACAGUCUUGACAUAGAAGAGGAUGAGGGAUAUAUUCCCACACAGUCUGGUGUUGUUCAGAGUCCAUAUUUUCAAGAUGGACGUUACCUGCCUCGACCUGAGUUGCACAGGGAUAUUAAAUGGACACCACCCAAAUCUCCUUUUAACCUCAUCCAGGAAAGCUUGUAUCAUGAUCCGUGGAAAUUAUUGGUGGCUACAAUAUUUUUGAAUAGAACUACAGGACGAGCAGCCAUUCCUGUCCUGUGGAAGUUUCUGAAUCGCUGGCCAAACCCAGAUGUUGCACGGAAAGGCGACUGGGAAUCAAUGGCUCGACUUCUAAAACCUCUGGGUCUGCAUGAAAAGAGGGCCAAGAUCAUUAUACGGUUUUCAGAUGAGUAUUUAACUAAAGAGUGGAAGUAUCCGAUAGAACUUCAUGGAAUUGGAAAGUAUGGGAAUGACUCUUACAGAAUUUUCUGUGUCAAUGAGUGGAGACAGGUUACUCCUACAGACCAUAAGUUGAAUGAUUACCAUGGGUGGCUGAGUGAAAACUGGCAGACUUUGGGGGUGGAUUGAAGAGUUCUCGACAUUAAAAUGACCAGUGUGACGAGAUCGGUCAUUGAGAUAUGAUUGACUGUGAUUGAUGGUCUAUAACCAUUGUGCUCCCUGCUGCCAAGCACCCCUGGUCUUCUUUCAAAGGAAAUUUGGAAUUCAUCAUUACUGUGUAUUUUUUGGAAGAGUUUGUGCAAUCUCGCUUUCAUUAUUGGCACAGUGCCCAUAUUUUAACCAGUCUUGUAAAUGAUAAAUCUGAUUUUAAUCAGAAAUAGUUUCAUUGAAGUCAAUAGUUUUGCAUUUACUUUUUGUAGACAGUAAAUUCUGCUACAAUUUCAUAUGUUUUAUGACUGAUGCAUUUUCAUGGCAUGGAAAAUAGGGGAUUACCAGUGUGGUUAUCCAUCCAUCCUUUUUUGUGUUCCUGGGUCCUGCCAUCUCAUUUCCUUGGUUUCCAUUUGUGUCCCUGGAUCCUGCCCUCUAAUUAAGUUGGUUUUCACACAAGAGCAUUUAAUUAGAUCAUGAAUUAUCCUAUUUGCACUAAUAUGCAGCCAGCCUAAAAUUUCAUCACAGGUUAAGGAAUUUAAAUGUUCAUUAUAAGUUGUUGUUCUUUAUUUGCUUUUUGUUUUCUAGGGUGAGCUUAAUGCUUGCAUUUCAUUGUCUUUCCAGUGUCUAUAUAUGGCAUAGACUUUUCGCAUUUCUUCUUCUCUAGAACCACCAGUCAUUAUUAUUCAACCAUGCCACAAAUAAGCGUAUGUGAAGGGGCUUGCAGUAUGUUUCAAGGGGGAGGUAAUUAGGAAAUAGUGACUUUAGAGUGAGGUUAUCUACAAAUCCUCUUCUCAAGAAUCACCGAUUCAAAGGUAACAAUAUGUUUGUAAAGUAUGACUGUCUGAAUUUUCUUUCCACGGAGAGCUACAAUCCUGCAGCCAGAAGAGCUGAGAUUUAUAUGAAAGCUUCCUGAUAUAGUGCAGAUUCUAAAUUGUUAAGAUCAUGGCCCCCGGGGAUCAGAUGGGGCCACAAUAUGGGAUCAAAGUUUUACAUACAAAUAUAUAGGAAAAAUCUUUAAAAAUCUUCUUCUCAAGAACCACUGAGCCAGAAAAGCCGAGAUUUAUAUGAAAGCUUCCUGAUAUAGUGCAGAUUCUAAAUUGUUAAAAUCAUGGCCCACGGGAGUUGGAUGGGGCCACAAUAGGGGAUCAAAGUUUUACAUACAAAUAUAUAGGGAAAAUCUUUAAAAAUCUUCUUCUCAAGAAGCAUUGGGCCAAAGAAGUUCACAUAUACAUGAAAGCUUUCUGACAUAGUGUAGAUUCAAGUUUGCAAAAACCAUGGCCUCCAGGGGUAGGUUUGGGGCCAUAAUAGGGACUACGGUUUUACAUGCAAAUAUAUAUGGAAAAUCUGAUAUGGACCAAGGUGACUCAGGUGAGCGAUGUGGCCCAUGGGCCUCUUCUUUUUUCAAAUGAAGACCCACAUCACCUUUCAAGGGGAGAUAAUUGAUAAAUAAGGUGUGAUGUAAAACUUCAAGAACCAUUGUACUUACACAAUGAAGAUUUAAAUUUGUUCAAACCAUGAUUCCUUAGACUGGGGUGGAGCCACAAUAAGGGUUUAAAGUUUUACUAAGUAAUAUAUAUACUGAGAAAAUACUUUAAAAAUCCUCCAGUUUGUCAAAUUCAUUUGCAAUCAUCUUCAUAUACUGUGACAGUCGAUUCUAGUGGUUUAAAAUUACUGAAUUUCUGAAGAACCACAGGGGUACAACUUGUCAAAUCAGUAAGCAACCAUCCUCAUUUAUCCCCCCCCCCCCCCCCCAAGCCACGGUGUGGUCACUUUAAUGGUUUAUAUAUCCUCAUUUAUCCCCCUAGAGCCACAGUGUGGUCACGUUAAUGGUUUAUAUAUGAAACAUCAUUUGAAAUUAAGAACUACAGGGUAUGAUGACUAUAUUUGGCAUGCUAUUAAUGUAUACGGGUGUAAAUGAUCAGCAAUGUUUCAAAUCUCUAAUAAACUUGCUGUAAUGUAGGUGAUUCGAUGCCUGUCAAAACAGGACAGGUGUCAAUAACAUUAUUCAUGUAUAAUUGUUACUGUGAUGUCACAAAAUGAACUACCGGUAUUUUCUGCAUUUUCUCUAAAAUGCUGCCAAAAGUUCAAGUAUUUGAUAUCCACAUUAUUAUUUAGAAAAGGGAACAUAUUUUAACGAUAUUGUCAUUUUGUAUAGUGUUUGACUACACAUGCAUUCUGUGUUUCCCAACCAAAAUACCAUAUCUCUGAUGAAAAUUGUAACAAAUAUGAAAUUACAUUAUUUCCAUUGGGUCAUUACUAUUUAGUGACAUCAUGAAUGAAUUUUACUGUUUUUAAUGAAGUGGUUUUACAAGUUUUAUAUAGCAGUUAUAUUUCUAACUUCAAGUGUAAUUAAGGGGUAGAAAGUAGUUACUACUGCUUAAUGCACAUAGUCUUUUGAUGAGGUGACAUCCUCAUGAAGUGUAGAUUUAGUAGGUUCACACUACAACCCCCAUCCCAUCCACAUCAAGGGUCUGCCUAAAACGGGGAUAAAUAUGAGUAAUUUGAAAAAUUCUUUUAAAAUCCUAUUCUGUAAAGCUGCCUCGGUACAAUUUGUCAAAUAUUUGUCCUCUGUAGUGUAGAUUGAUGUUUCUCCAAACCCAUGGGGCCAAGACCUGACCACAGUUGGGGAUUAAUGUUUUUGUAGGAAAAUACAACUGCUUAGGUGAGUAAUGUGGCCCAUGAAUCUCUUGUUUAUACAUAGUAUCUAUUGAUGUUGUUAACUUUGAACAUUUCUGUCUAUCUGCAGUUUCACAUAUUUGACAUUAUCUGCAGUUUCACAUAUUUGACAUGCACCCUUUCAAUUGGAAUGUGUGAUCUAAUGAUGAAGUGACAGAGACGAUGUCAACAAUCGUAUGAGCUUGACAUACAUUAGAAAAUUGCUGUCACUAAAGCAUUCAUGUAUUAUGAACAUGUUAUGUGUUGAAUAUGUAUUCCUUACCAUUAUAAAACCAUGUGUAGUGUGCAAAUAUUCAGGUCAUUUCACAGUUCUGACAUUACAUGACUACACAUUUCUUUUUUGUGUGAUUUCUAGUAAUUGCUGUUCUUUAUAUAUAAUUAUAUAACGUAUACAAUUUUUUAUAACACUUUGUAUGUUACAGUGUUUUAGAUAAGUUAUUAUGAUUUAUUACAAAUGUUCAUAAAUUUUAGAAUGUAUUCAUAUUUUACAUUGCAAGAAUUCAAGACAUAUUCUCUGUUACAUAAAUGAUAAACAUUACAUGCAUGGGCAUUUAUAUAUAUACAGAAUUGCAUAACUGUUUGUACACAGGUUAUCAACAUCUACAUUGUCAUAUUGGAAAUUCUUAUGCCAAUCAUCUGUGUGUGUUUUCCUGCAUGUUGCAUCUUCUGUAAUGUCAGAAGUCGUAGGUUGUCUUCUGUUUUAACAGAUAGAAUGAGACCUACUCAUGGCUAGGGGCGAUGCAGUUAAUGUGAUGUACUCAUUAAUCAGUAAUCAUGUAGACAUGCUUACAACCUGAUAGUCAAACUGAUAGUCAGUUGCUGUUGUACAAUAAAAUUUCUCUAACCAUGA